AUGGAUUCCGACGAAGUUAAAGCAACAGUUUCUGAGAGCGACCAGCUCUCUGGGACAUCCAAACAGUUUCAAAAUGUCGAUUUGAAUGAAUGCGAAGACCCUGAAAGAGUACAUACAUUUUUGGGAAUGUCUGGACCAAAACUAAACUAUGCCGUCUCAGUGUUUGCUGGUGUAGGUUUCUUGCUAUUUGGUUAUGAUCAAGGUGUUUAUGGAAGUUUAUUGAGUCUUGACUCGUUUGAGAAAACGUUUCCCUCAAUGAAAGCAAGUGUCAACUCAACGCUACAGGGGGCAGUUAUUGCCGUUUAUGAACUAGGCUGUGGGUUUGCUGCUUUGUCAACCGUUUAUCUUGGUGACAGGUUGGGGAGAAUCAAAUGUAUGUUUUUGGGAUGUGUUAUUGUUUUGAUUGGAGCUGCCUUGCAAGCUUCGGCAUUCACGGUGACGCAUUUGGCAAUUGCAAGAGUAUUUUCUGGGUUUGGAACUGGUUACUUGACCUCCACUGUGCCUGUUUGGUCGUCGGAAAUGAGUAAAGCCAAGUCGAGAGGUAAGUUGAUUAUGAUGGAGGGUAGUUUGAUCACUUUGGGAAUUGCUAUUUCGUAUUGGAUCGAUUUUGGGUUUUACUUUGUUGAUAGAGGUGGAAAUGACAGCAAAGCCAUUUCCUGGAGAAUCCCCGUUGUGCUUCAAGUCAUAUUCCCAAUCCUUUUGAUUGUUUUUGUUUUCAAAUUCCCAGAAUCACCACGUUGGUUAAUGGCCAAGGGAAGGGUUAGAGAAGCCAGGAUUGUGUUUAGUGCAUUGUACAACCUUCCUGAAGGAGAUGAAAAGAUAACUGAUCAGUUGACUGAGAUUCAAAGUGCUCUUGACUUGGAGAAAUCUAAUGAUCAAGGCUUCAGUCUCAAAGCAUUGACUACGCAAGGGGCAACCAGAAAUUUCCAUCGGUUGAGUUUGGCAUGCUGGUCCCAGAUUAUGCAACAAAUUUCGGGAAUCAAUUUGAUCACAUACUAUGCUGGAACCAUUUUCCAAAACUAUCUUCACAUGGAACCACUUCAAUCGAGAAUUCUUGCUGCUUGUAACGGUACUGAGUACUUUUUGGCGUCACUUUUUGGAAUCUUGUUUAUUGAAAGAGUUGGGAGAAGGAAAUUGUUAUUCUGGGGUGCUAUUGGCCAGUCUCUUUCGAUGGUAGCAUUGACUGUUGCCGCAUGGAAAUCACAAGUGGCUUACGAUACAGGCAAGAGCAGCACCUCGGCUGGUGUUGCCGCCACUGUGUUUUUGUUUGUUUUCAAUUCCGUUUUCGGUAUGACGUACCUUGGUGCAACAUGGUUAUACCCGCCUGAAAUUUCGGCAUUGCAAUUGAGAGCUCCUACUGCUGCAUUAUCAACAGCAAGUAACUGGGCAUUCAACUUUCUUAUAGUUAUGAUUACCCCAGUUGCUUUUGAACACAUCAAGUACUACACUUACACCAUCUUUGCUGUAAUCAAUAUUUUGAUGGCACCAGCCAUUUAUUUUCUUUACCCUGAAACUGCAGGUCGUACAUUGGAAGAGAUGGAUUAUAUUUUCAACCAAUGUCCAGUUAUGGAGCCAUGGAAGGUUGUGCAAAUUGAAAAGCGUACUCCAAAAAGAAUCCAUGGUACUGAUUUGGAAAAGCCGACUACUGAACAUAUUGACGAUGUGGAUGCAGAAGAUUUACUUGUAAAGUGA